UGCAAAGCUGACUUUUCUUGGAGCAACAGCUUCCUAUUGUCAAAUAUGAACGAUCCCGAGAUAUUAAGCACAGACGACGAAUUGUUCCGCGAAACACAUUACGCACGCUACGGUUUUGAGAGAACGAACAUUUAUGGCUUAACGGUGCUGGAUUCACGACAAGCAACGUGUCUCGAGCGCCAACCUGAAUUUCCCUCUCACCGAUUCAACACUUUUUCUAUACGAGAUCAAAAAAUAGAAGACUCACCUGCGAGUAAUAGUGCCCGUCAAGAACCACUGAAAAAUCCAGUACGGCAUUUAUUAUCGGCUUCCGCAUCCGAGAUUGUCGCGUUUAUAUCGCGCGAUGGAUACUGGAACUCGUUGAAUAUUGCUUUAGGGUUGGAACCAGGCAAGAGUGAAAUAAUCUCUAUGGAUGCUGCUGAAGUUAAAGAGAAGAUUUAUCUCGCGAUUGCCGUUGCUGAGAAAAAAGCCAAUGACGAGUUUCAAUACACUUUACGUAUAUUCGAAGGAUCUGCGCCUUUUCUGGAACAAACGCUAUUAAGCAUUAAAGAUACCAGCCAAAUAAUUUCAAUACCCAGCGCACCUAUGCAAAUAAGCCAUAUCCAAAAAGAUAACCACGAGCUACUGUUUUUAAUGACAGCAAUGGAUGGGCAUGUUCACACUUACGCGCAACAUAAUGGACAAUUUGUAGAAUCUUCUGAUUUAGCAGCACAAUUUCCAGUCUUAGGCGAAAUUAACGAUCGUCGUAUCCGGAUUUUGUAUAUGCAUAUAUAUGAUCAACCCAAUGGUGAAAGGGUGAUAUGUGCGGGUGGUCAGGACGGAGAUAUCAUUCUAGCGUUUUACGAUAAUGAUGGCAAUGAAGUCAAUAGUUAUAGUACACGCAUCUUUAGUCCGAUCACAUCCGUGCUGAUAUUUCAACCUCGGGUAUCGAAAAAAGUAAACGAAGAUGAUGUACUGCACCUUAUCGUGACGUGUGCAAUUGAACUUGCUAUUGUCUACAAAUGUAUCAAGAGGAACGGUCUAGCGAAAAGCCGUGUAUUACCCCAAUCCGAUCACUACGAUAGUGUAUUAUGUUCGCAUGUGAUGGAUGUAGACUGGGAUGGAGAGCACGAGAUCCUUAUAGGCACGUAUGGUCGUCAAGUGCUCAUUUACAAACAAGUGGCAGGAACACAAGAUUACAAUAUACUAUGGCGGCGUCAAUUCGCUUAUCCAAUAUAUCGAAUAUCGCACCUUGAUUUAAAUCGUGAUGGUCUGGAUGAACUUAUCGUUACAACAAUGUAUGGUGUCCAUGUUCUGCAGCCAAACAUGAAGAAGGCGCGUGUACGUUUGCUCGAAGUAUUGCAACAUGUGGAUGCAAGAAAACGCCACAUGUAUGAGCUGAUGCUGGAAUGGAAACAUCAGAAGGAGUUAGAAAAGGCAAUCAUUUUCGAGUCAUGAAAUAAAUCGUGUACCUUAUUUGCGUUUAAAAGCUAAUAGC